CUAAGAACUAAUAAUAACCUUAGUUGUGUGAAAUUAAUGGCUUCAAACGGCUUUGUUUCAUUUGCUCUACUCCUUUGUCUCAACAUGCUUUCCUACACUUUGGUGAACUCCACCUACGUCCCUGUGAUCCCAGACCCAUCAGUGCCUUACCAAAAGGGUACAUGUCCUAUAGAUGCACUCAAGUUGGGUGUGUGUGCCAAAGUGUUGAACUUGGUCAAUGUUAAAUUAGGGUCACCACCAACCCUACCUUGUUGCAACCUCAUUCGUGGUCUUGCUGAUCUUGAAGUUGCUGCUUGUCUUUACACUGCCCUCCAAGCUAACGUCCUUGGCAUCAACCUUAACGUCCCCAUUUCCUUGAGUGUAAUUCUCAACAACUGUGGAAGGAAAAUCAUUGAUUUCCAGUUCCCUUAAAUUCAUCGCUCUACCCACAAUAUGUUGUCAGCUUUGUCAUAUUUCGCAUCUCAUUGCGCUUAUUUUUCUUUUCAAUUCAUCUUCUACUCUAUAUAUAGUGAGAAGGUGAGAGGGAGGUUUCAUAUAUAUAUGAGAGUGGGAGAAGUUAAUUUCAGUUAUUGGA